AUGAAGCUUAGAUCAACAUUAAGAAAUCAUAUGUGGUCGAAAAUUGGGGAUGGUAAAAUGACUUCAGCCUGGUACGAUAAAUGGUCGGAUGUGGAACCGAUUAGAAAUUUUAUUACGCCUAGAAUGAUUCAGCAAGCAGGCUUAAGGAUUCAAUCAAAAAUUGUGGAUGUGGUUGAAGACGGUCAACGGCUUUGGCCAGUGGUGUGGAUGGAUAUCUACCCGGUCCUUAUCAAUAGGCAACCUCCUAAUUUGAACACCAAUAGACUAGACACUAUUAGCUGGAUCGAUAAUGAAGGUAAAGAGGUACAAUACUCGUCGAAGGCUGUUUGGAAUACUAUUCAUGUUCGUGGCCCGAGAGUAGAGUGGCAUAAUGUGGUUUGGUUUUCUCAAUGUGUCCCUCGUCAUGCGUUUCUUUUGUGGUUAGUCAUUGGCAACAAGUUAAAGAUGCAAGAUAAGCUGAAGCAUUGGGAAGUUGGAGGGCUUAUUAAUCUUAGGUUGAUGUGUUAUUCCUUAUGUCAGAAUGGUAAUGACUCCCAUGCACAUUUAUUUUUCGAAUGUGUAUUUGCGGCUCAAAUUUGGUCGAAGGUUAAAGCUAUAGGAGACAUGCAACACCUAACGGAUAACUGGGAGAAUGUUCUUGAUCACCUAGUUUCUAAAGCAAAAUCUAAGUCCGCGAAAACUGUGAUCGGUAGACUUUUAGUGGCUGCUAUAGUGUACCACAUAUGGCAAGAAAGAAAUUGCAGGUUAUUCUCGGAUAGAAAGAUGGCAAGAAAGAAAUUGCAGGUUAUUCUCGGAUAG